AUUGGUAUCAAUCAAUUACUCAUUUCUAGAUUGUCAGGUAUGCAUUUGUUGGAUGCACUCUCCGUUGCCAAUUUCCAUAGUCCUGAUACUUAAAUCAAAGAACAUUUGUUUAAAACUGCCAAAUAGAAUUACAAGUCUGAUUAAGAAUUCCCAAAAUUAAUGUAAAGAUAUGAAUUAUCAUUGACAAUAAUAGAAAAUGAUUCAUUAAAUGCAAAAGUAAUUUUUGAUCACAAAUUAAUUUUAGUAAUAUAUAUCCCUUUAUGCAACAAUAAUGAAAACUAAGAUUAAAGAAUUCUUCACAAAUUAGAAGAACCAAUUAUUUUGUAAUGUCUAUGUUCCUCCAAAAUACACUAGAACUUUAAAGAUAUUCUGUUAUAGUCCCAAAUCAACAGGAUAUUUGGCCUUAGUUUCAACAGUUUAAAUGAAUACAUUAAUUGCUAUGGAGGAAAUGAUGGCCUAGAUAGACAAUUUACAAUAAGAUAAAUUCUACACAUUUGAUUAGAUAUUUGAAGAUGUAAAUCUAAGUUUAAGUUUUAGAAUUUAAUGCCUUAAAUAAAUAAUACACCAGAAAAAGAAUAGUAAAAAUUGGUUAGAAGACAUAAGAAAUCGUUAUCAGAACAUUAAAUUUUUGAUUUUUAGAGGGAAUAAAAAGAGUAAUAAAUAAUUACUUAAAUUUAAUCUCUUCCAUAAGAUAAAGCAUGUAAAUAUAUUUAUUUAUUUUAGUGUUUUUUUCAUAAACAAAAUAACAAUCUUUCCUUUAAGAUGAUUAUUAAUUUCCAUCAUUAGAUUAAAUAAAUUCAUUUAAACCAUUUCCAAUUUAAGAAGAGAAGAAAAAAACUGAAUAACCCUCAUAUCAAUAAUUGUCUUUUAAUUAGUAGAGAUAUGAAGAAGGAAUUCCAAAUAUUGAUGAUUUAGAAUUCUUUCCUCCUUUAGAUUUAGUAUCAACUGCUAGUUGUCCUUCACUAAGUAACAAAUUACAAAUGACAGAUUAAAAGAAAUAACCAACUAAUCCAAUUUAUACUGGAAGACUAAAAUUUUUUGAUGAGUAAAAAAAUUAUGGGUUUAUUGUUAUGGAUGAAGAUAAAUCAGAUAUAUUUGUUCAUUUAGAUGAUUUAUAAAAAGCUGGAGUUACUAAAGAGAUAUUGAAAACUUCAAAAUAAGGCUCAUUGUUAAGGUAUAUUUUAAUAAUAGAAAGUAGGUUUUAAUUUAAUUGUAUGGUUUAUGUAGGGAAAUACAAAAAGUCAAGAAAAGCUGUUGAAUUGAAAUUACUAGCGAACUAAUCAGUUAAUAACUUCAAGGGAAUUGCCUGAUU